CGCGCGCCUCCCCCGCCCCGCGUUCUCCCAGUCCCGAGGGCUCGGCGCGCGGCCCUGCUGACGUCAGCCGGCGGCCCGCGGAGCCGGGUGCGCAGAGCCGCUGGCGCACUCGCGCGCUGCGCUCGCCUCCUCCCCCCGCCCGGGCCCUGGCGCGCGCGCGCUCCUUCGCUCUCCCAUUUUUUUUUUUCCCCUCCCUCCCUGACUCUCUCUCUCUCCCUCUCCCUCGAGCUCCCGGCUGGCCGCGGCUCCCUGGCGCUCUCCCUCUCUCUCCGGUAGGCUCACCGAGCGAUGCGAGCUCUGGGAGACAGCAACGCCGCCUCCCGCUAGAGACCUGCCCCCCGGUCCGGCCCCCUGCCCAGCCCUGCCCAGCGCGCGGGGGUCGGCGAAGGCGCCGCGGACGCACCGACGGCUGAAGAGCGGCGAUGCACAUGCACUAGCAGCACCCCCUAACUCACUCCCUCCACAUCCCGCGCCGCCGCCGCCGCCUCCGCCACCUCCUCCUCCUCCGCCGCCACCGCCUCCUCCUCCAGCAGCCGCGGCAGUAGGACCCACCCUGCCCCCCACCCCACCCUCCGUCGGCUCCGGCUGCGGUUCCAGUCUCGACUAUUAUUUUAUUUAUUUUGGGUCGUGCACAAGCCUCAGUGCCUGCAGCCCGCGCCUCCUCGGCCCGCGGGCGCCUCCUCCCUUGGCUCCGGAGCCCCUGACCCCGGCCACCCUCGACUCGACACCCCCAGACCCCCACCAGCUGCCGCGAGUCUCCGCUGCUGAAAUCUUGUUAGCGGCUGUCUUUUUGGGGGGUUCUGGUUACCCGACAUUUUUGUUUCCAGCCCAGGAGAGGAUAUCGUGAUUUUCCCCCCUUGAGCCCAGGCUCUGCUCUCUGGGGGGGUGGGGGGCGCGCCGAGCCGGGGAGCCGUGCCAGCGGAGUUGUGCGGGCUGUGGCAGGGAAGGGGCCACCAUGGGAUGUACUCUGAGCGCAGAGGAGAGAGCUGCCCUCGAGCGGAGCAAGGCGAUUGAGAAAAACCUCAAAGAGGAUGGCAUCAGCGCCGCCAAAGACGUGAAAUUACUCCUGCUGGGGGCUGGAGAAUCAGGAAAAAGCACCAUUGUGAAGCAGAUGAAGAUCAUCCAUGAAGAUGGCUUCUCCGGCGAAGAUGUGAAACAGUACAAGCCUGUUGUCUACAGCAACACUAUCCAGUCCCUGGCAGCCAUCGUCCGGGCCAUGGACACUUUGGGCAUCGAAUAUGGUGAUAAGGAGAGAAAGGCUGACGCCAAGAUGGUGUGCGAUGUGGUGAGUCGGAUGGAAGACACCGAGCCCUUCUCUGCAGAGCUGCUUUCCGCCAUGAUGCGGCUUUGGGGCGACUCAGGAAUCCAAGAGUGCUUCAACCGGUCCCGGGAGUAUCAGCUCAACGACUCUGCCAAAUACUACCUGGACAGCCUGGAUCGGAUUGGGGCCGCCGACUACCAGCCCACCGAGCAGGACAUCCUCCGAACCAGGGUCAAAACCACUGGCAUCGUAGAAACCCACUUCACAUUCAAGAACCUACACUUCAGGCUGUUUGACGUCGGAGGCCAGCGAUCUGAACGCAAGAAGUGGAUCCACUGCUUCGAGGACGUCACGGCCAUCAUUUUCUGUGUCGCACUCAGCGGCUAUGACCAGGUGCUCCACGAAGACGAAACCACGAACCGCAUGCAUGAAUCCCUGAAGCUUUUCGACAGCAUCUGCAACAACAAAUGGUUCACAGACACGUCCAUCAUCCUGUUUCUUAACAAGAAGGACAUAUUUGAAGAGAAGAUCAAGAAGUCCCCGCUCACUAUCUGCUUUCCUGAAUAUACAGGCCCCAGCGCCUUCACAGAAGCCGUGGCUUACAUCCAGGCCCAGUACGAGAGCAAGAACAAGUCAGCCCACAAGGAGAUCUACACCCACGUCACCUGCGCCACGGACACCAACAACAUCCAGUUUGUCUUUGAUGCCGUGACGGACGUCAUCAUCGCCAAAAACCUGCGGGGCUGUGGACUCUACUGAGCCCGGCCACCCCACCCAGCACCCUUGCCCUGCCUGGCCUGCCGCCCCCCUCCCCUGGAACCAGGCUCCACCACUCUCAGACCACAAUUUGCACUUGAGGAAGAUGAUCCGAGAGGCUGGCACCAAGGGAGGGAGGAGGGAGCAUCCUCCACCCGCCCCCCGGCCCCCAACAUAGAACUGUGGUAACGCUGGGGCAGGCGGGGCUCCUGAGUGCACGCUGCAAGGCCAGGAGACUCCAUGCUCAUGGCCUCUGUGUCAUCUCCCAGUGCUUUAUCGGGAAGCUGGGAGGGCAGGGCAGGGCAGCCGUGUGGCCCAGAUGGGCACACCCUGCACCUGAUGACUCACUGGAAGCCUUGGAGUGUCCUCCUAUCAUCUUGGGUGGUGUAGUGGCGUGGACAGCCCUGCAGCAGGGUGCUGGCAGGGUGGGUCAUAGGAGCCAUCCUUCAGCUUUGCCUGGGGUCUCUGGUUGAGGGCAGCUCCGUCAACAAAAGCCAGGCUGGGACCAGGCCAACUUGGUGUGGGUUGGAGGGCUCAGGCCUUGGCGAUGGCCUCCAGCUCCCUGUUCCCUCUCCUGGGUCUCAGCCCUUCCUUCUCUUGCUCGUCCGCCAUUGCCUUGGCUCUUCCAGAGAACCCCCAUCCCUGACUCCUCUGAGGCCUGGAAAUGCUUCUUGAGACUGACUUAUGUCUCAGAUAGAUGGAGGGAGGGAGGGGUGGAGGGAGAGGUGAGAGGUGCUGGGCAGGGAGGCUAAGGCUCCUGUGUCGCUGGGGCUGGGGCCUCCUGCCCAGUCCUUGCAGGCCCAAGGGUGACCCAUCUCCUUUUUCCAGUCACCAGGAGCUCGGGUGGUCACUCUGAGGUGUGAAUAGAUGCUUUUUCUCCUCUAGUCCAUACUGAAUUCAACUCAAACCAGCAAAGGCCUUUGGGCUGGGGACCCUGUAGUUGCAGAGGUCUGGGGGAUGUGGACCGUGCAGCCAGUGCCCCCCACCUCACUGUCUUGGUGAAGAAAUCAGGGAGUUUGUCCGCAGACCUUGGUGUCCUCCCAGCCCCUGAGGACAGAGGAGAGCAGGGGUUGGGCCUGACACCCUGGAGCGUUUGGGCCCAGGUCAGCACAAACACACUCCCCUGCCCCUACUCUAAGGGGAGAGCCCUAGGACCCCUUAGAGGAGGCUUCACUGCUGAAGUCCCUGAGCAGAAAGGGGUGGGGUAGCUUCUCCUGGUGACAAAGGUCUGGCUGGCCUUGGGCAGUCAACACACCCCUCACUCCAAGAUGCCUCCAGGUAGCUGAGGCUGCCACCCGCACCCAGGCAUGUCAUGUGCUUGUACAGCAGGCUGUGCCUGGGGACCCGGAUGUGCCACAGGAGGGAAGAGGGCACCCCCGGAGAGGUCCCUGCCUCCCUCCUCAAGCCCUCCAUUCUCCCUGCCCCCACUCUAGACACAUGCAGCCCCCUGGGCCGCCCCAGAGUCAGGAAGCACCUGUACCAACAGCUCUGGGCUUGUUGGACCCACAGGCACAGAGCUCCAAGUGGUGCCAGGAGACCCAGGGACCUUCCCUAGUGCCAAAUGCUUGCAGGGACUGGUGCCUGGGGAGCCUCUGGCAGCCAGGCUAUAGGAGCCACCCCAUUAGCCCAAGUCCACUUUCAUUUUGUUCACCUGGGCCAUGUUUUGGACCUUGCACCAGGCUGGGACAUGGCAGAGGACAGGCCCUGGGAGCCAGCAGUCUUGGUGUCCUGCCAUGGACAGCCAGGGCCAGCUAAGCCAUCCUGUCCAACAUGGAAGACAUGGCAGUUCUUUCUCAGCAGCCCCAUCCUGGGUGAGGCCAGCCGUGCCCCUAACUCUGCUCCAGACUAACUCCAGGCUCAGAAGCAGCUAGUAAAGGGGGGCUGUUGGUCACCUCUAAGGCCAUCACCCUGGAGUUAGAAGUCACUGGGCUAGAGGGCUUUCUAUGUCCCCCAGCAGCCUCCCUCAACCACAGUGGCCAGAGCAUCGAUCCAGGCCUUCCCCAUCCAUAGAAUUGGGGCUGGAGGAGGGGGUGCUCAGGCCUUCCUGCCCUUGUCCCCAUCCUGCCUUUCUCUUUUCUUGGAUGCUCCGUCCUGCUUGGUUUCUUGCACUGCUCUCAGUCCUCCCACCCUGGCCUGCUGGGGGGUCCUUGGCCCUCAGGGGUAUUCAGGGAGAAAUUCUCUGCCUAUGCAUGAUGCCUGUCAUUCGUGUCAUAACCGGCGGCUCCACCGUUAAAGGGGCGACUGAGGGUGACAGAUGAGAUUUGGCUCCGUCGUGGGUGUGGAUGUGGGAAUGUUGUGAGUGACCAGACAUAGGUGGCCUUCUGAUCCACGGUGGUCCUGCAUAUGUCCUGAGGGGUGAUGGCCCGGAUUUAGCAGGCCAAGUGGAAACUGAUUUCUACGAAGAGCAUCUUUGCCAAACUCAUGAAAAUUGUGCCUGCCACUCAUUCCUAUGGGCUGGUUUUCUGCCCUGCACCGCUGGCCAUCAUAAGAACCAGGUCUUGGCCUUCCCUCUAAGCACCUAUAGAGGUCCCCAAGGCUCUCUGGUUUGAGGAGGGCAUGGGGUCUGCCCAGCCCCAAGCAGAGAGCACAGCCUGGGCCCCUGGUCAACAGCUUUGGCAUUCUGGGUUCCAUGGGGACCCCAGAGCCCAGGCAGAAGAAGACCACCACACCUGCUGCCAGAACACAGCUCUGUCUCCUAGCCCCUCCCCACAGCCCAGCUCCCACUGGUGGGAACUGGAGGCAUUCCUGCCCUCCAUGGUCUGCACUGGUCUCCCCUGAGCGUUCUCAGGAGAAGAGGCAGCCCUAGGUUCCCACCUGCAAGCGCCAUAACUAAGCGUCUACACACCCCCAACAGGGAAGACCCAGGGAUCGUCCCACCCACGCCCUUCCCUUUGGCCAACAUGAGCCCUGUAGGGGGAAGCUUAGCCCCUGCUCCCACCUAACACUCUACAAUUAGCACCCAGGGGUUGAUUCUGGAAGUUCUUCCUUUUUCUAGCCUGCAUCCUUCCUGGCCACCCUGCUUCUUUUUCUCGGUCUGACCUGGUGCACUCUUGGCAAGUAAGUCCACUGCAGUCCCAGGUGAACACCAUUUCCUCCAGCUCAGCUAGUGGCCUGCCCACCCCCUUUUCAAGAAGUCUGGGGCACAGAGUCUCCUCUGGCCACCUCUUUUCUUGUCUGAGCCUCUGGACACCUUCAGGCACAGCCUAGCAGCUCUCAGGAACCAAUACCUGAGGCUCUGGAUCCAGAUCCACGGCCACCAGAGUUCAGUGAGCGGUGCCCAAGGCAAUCACCCCCAGGCAGUUCCCGCUGUCAGGCCGCCAGCCUAGAGUGUGGGAUCCCAGCAGCCCAGGGGACAGGGCCAGGGCAUGAGCUGCUGCCGUGGAGUCUCCCACCCCUCAGCAAGCAGAGUCCUGACCCCACCCUGCCCAGAGAGGAGCUGGGGCCUCCAGACAGACCCCACUCCAGUCAGACUAAGGCCCCUGUCAAAGAAGGGCAGGCUGGGGGGAAAGCAGAAAGAAUGGCCCCCAAUCCAAACUCCUGGAUCCCCUCCAUGAGAGAGGGGCUCCCCCUGGAAGAGAAGCUCUCAUCCCCAGGCCCAGUGCACCAAGACCACCAGCAGAGACU